AUGGUAGGUAGAGAAGAGCUCAGGUCCCCGGGGCCUCGUGGUCUCAGCACUUGGCAGCUGGCUCCCAUCACUCUCCCAUUUCCGACCAGCUGCUCUGGCCCAGGCAGCAGGGAGAGACAGCUGAGAGAGCGCCCAGUGCGGCUGCCGCAGCUGCAGAUACCAGGAGGAUCUGGGGUGCAGGUGACCCCACAGCCUCCUCCUGGCAGACUGAGGCAAAGCACCAGACCAGUCUGGGUGCGGCCCCCCCUGCUGGUGUACCCACCGUGCCAACAGGAAGAGGGGGAAGACGUGGGGACCAGUGAUGUGCGCAGGGGCAAGAGCCAGCCGCUCCACACCGAGACCCUACGGCAUAGACAGAAGCUGCCCAGCCUGGUCGUGCAGGGAGUGGGCCUGGACAGAAGCCCUAAGAGCAGGGUCAAGGCGGAGGCUCCAGGGAAGAGAGUUGUGGCCCAGAAGGAACCAGCGCCCUGCACAGCCAAGCUGGGUGUGGGCAGAAUGAGAGAUUGGCCGCACCCUGGACUGAAGCCCGUUGCACCCCAAUACUCUGUCUUGCGAAAACUGAAAGUUCCUGGCUGCUUUGCCAGUUCUACUAGUGAGCUCAGCAUCCAGAUCUACAUUGCUGGGAACAGUCGAGCCAAGGUAGAAAAAUUGGUUAACAACAUCCAGAUGAGUACCAUCUAG